AGUAACCAGGAAGUAGCUGAGCUUUCGACGAAAUCCAAAUCAUCGACUGAAGAUUGAAUAUGAGUCGUAUUUAUGACAACACAGCGUUGUUAAAUAAACCUGUGCACAACGAGAAACUAUCUUUCACGUGGGAUCCAAUAGGUCACCAGAGUGGUCAUGGUGUGAUUUUAGAGGGGACGGUUGUGGACUUUUCACGCCAUGCCAUAACAGAUAUGAAAAACAGAAAGGAGCGUUAUAAUGUUUUGUACAUCAAACCAAGCCGUGUCCAUCGCAGAAAAUAUGAUUCAAAAGGAAACGAAAUUGAACCUAAUUUCAGUGAUACCAAGAAGGUCAACACAGGUUUUCUGAUGUCCUCCUACAAAGUGGAAGCUAAAGGUGAAACAGAUUGUCUAGAUGAGCGCCAGCUUCGUGAUAUUGUGAAUAAGGAGCAGCUGGUUAAAGUGACUGUAAACCAUUGUCCUAGUGAGGCCUUUGCGUUCUGGAUCUCAGAGGUGGAAAUGGACAAAACAGAGCUCGAGCCAGGCCAAGAAGUCCGCCUUAAAACGAAAGGAGAUGGGCCAUUUAUAUUUUCCUUCGCCAAACUGGACAGCGGCACAGUAACAAAAUGCAACUUUGCAGGAGAUGAAAACGCCGGGGCAUCGUGGACAGAGAAAAUAAUGGCAAACAAAUCCAACCAGGAAAAUACAGGGAAAAGUGCCACUCAGGGUGAGGGAGUGGACGAUGAUGAAUGGGAUGACUGAACAACACCCUUGAGCUUCCAGGACUACUACAUCACUGUGCCUUAUCUGUGUAUUUACACCACACCGUCAGUAUUUCUAUAUUAGCAUUUGGAAAUAUUACAAAUAAACAGCAAAGGGCCAUUUUAUAAUAGCAACUUGUAUGCAUUAGUGUUUUAUAUAUGUACAGCGGGUAAAAUAAGUAUUGAACACGUCAUAAUUUCUUGUCAAAUAUAUUUCUGAAGGAAAUUGACCCAGAUUUUGGUAAAAGCCUAAACAGACAAAUAAACCAAAACAAAAAAGCCUGAAAAAAUUGUUUAAUGACAAUGGAAUAAGACAAGGAGAAGGUCCUGAAGUACUGUACUUAAACAUUUUUGGUAUUGACACCUUCAAGAUGCCUCUUGUACACUGAAAACCCUAAUAAGUUGACUGAACUAAAUUAAUGGAGUAAACUCAUUGCCUCAAUUUAACUAAGUAACAGAGUCUCCCAAAACUUGCAUAAUUAAGUUUAUUUAACUUGCUGGUUUUGUAGAUUAUACUUAAAUUUUUCAGUUCACCAAACGUAAGUACUUAGUGCAGUGAACAAUUAAGAUUAGAGUGACCUCUAUAUGGAGUCUAUUUAUAACAGUGUCUUCUUUCCUGUUUCCAUAUACCGUUCUUUUCCCACUUUUGAUUGGAUGUUAUAGAAAUGUCUUCCCUUUGAGUCUGUAUUCCAGUUGUCUUUCCAAAGAUUGAUAACUGCAUUAUUAAUAAUACUUUUU